AUGGGACUCGGCUGGCAGGCACUGGGCGUAUUCUUGGGAGCGGAGGCGUUGGGGUGUGUUGUGCUCAUCUUGCCGCUGCCCCUCGACACCAAGCGCUCCCUCCUUCAGUUCCUCUCGUCCAACCCACACGUGGCCAAGGCACAGUCCUACCUGUGGGUCAUCUUCUUUCUCCUUCUCGCCCUCUUUGCCGACAGCCUACGGGAGGCACACUUGGCCGGAGGAAGGCUGGAGGUCCACAACAGCCACUCCCACGAACACGGCGGUCACGACGACAUGCACGCCCUCGAGGCCCACCUCUACGCCUCCCAGCGCAACGCUCUCCUCACCGGCGUGAGCCUCUUCCUACUCGUGUUCGUGAAUGUGGUGACGGCGCUGUUCAAGCUGGAGCAGAACGCCGAGAUCCUGUCCAAGCAGGCGAAGAACCAGGAGAGCGCCUUUGUGCAGCACGCGGAGGAGAACGAGAAGCUGCGGAAGGAGCUCGAGGAGCAAAAGGCCGCCGUCGCCGAGUCGCAGGCCAAGCUGACUCAGACCAAGAUGAUGGCCAAGCAGGUGGAGAACCAGCAGAAGGAGUACCUGCGCGUGCUCGACGAAAACGAGCGGCUCCAGAAGGAGGUGCAGGACCUCACCGACCGACUCACCGCCAAGUCGAGCCAGGGCAAGAAGGACGACUGA